AUGGCACAAUCUGCCCCCAUGGAUCUGGACAAGCCAGAGGAUGUCUUUCUCCAGGACAUUUCCGGACCUACGAUCGCCGAGCACGCUCUGAAAUGCACCGAACUCUUCCAGAGGAAUAUGGCUUUGCCCAACAUUAUCCCCGAUCCAACAAUAAUAGAUGACCAGUUAGCGAGGUUUACGCUAUGGACUUCCAACAUGGACGUAUUUGGACCGCCGAACAUCUCUCUUGAUUUCAGGCUCAGAUACAGUCCGAAUAUUGUAGAUAUUCUUCACCAGCUUCUAGACGUGAUCUACAAUUCUCUUAUGGAGUUAAAACCGAUCGAUGAGCCGCCACCGACUCCGAGCAGGAAGAAGCGGCGGAUAUCUAUUUCAGAUCAAGUGCGCAUGGUCGGGAGUGAUGACAACGCCAGCGACACAGACAGUGACGAAGAUCAAGCCGACAAAAACACUACCCUCCUCACUUACACUAUCAGUGGUACCGUGACGCGACUAUUUCGAUUGUCCAAUGCGAUUCGAAAGUCUGCAAAGACCUCGAGAGCACAAAAGCUCAAAGACUAUCAGCUGGAUGAUGAAACACAGCGUGCUAUUGAUGAGCUGCGCUUGUACACCGACUGUUAUAUUCGCUUCCGAUUCCCUGAGGCCCCAGAGUCGCUUCGCUGUGCCCUAAUCGAAGCAAAUGUCCUGCGGCUUCGGCGACUAUCGUAUCAGCGGCUGCACCGGAGACGUAUUGCAUUGAGCAUUGAACAUCCGCAAGCAGGUCAAAUAAAACUGCCGCUGCCCAAGCUUCCAGAGAAGCCAAGAACUGUGCGAUUCGCCCCAGAGACACCUCCAAAAAUCAAAGUCACCAACGAGGAACCUAGCCGGCAGGACUACCCACCCGCCCCGUUAACUUAUGCUACUACCGCUCGGCAGACUGAGAUCGGGGCGCUGUAUGCAAAGUCCACAACGGAGGUCCCCCGCGCAAAGUCCGUGUUGGUGAAUAACGAGCUGUCUUUCCCACCCAUUCCGCAAAAGAAUGAAUGCCCUUAUUGUGGCGUGAUCAUUGAGUUCAAGGGCCCUAACAAGUCCAAUAUCUGGAGAACCCAUGUUAUUAGGGAUUUGGAGCCAUUCAUUUGUCUCUUCACUGCAUGUACGGAUUCAUAUCGGCAGGGUCAUGAUCUGUUGACUUUCGAAUCGUCCAAAGCGUGGAUGAGUCAUAUGCAGAACUCGCACGGAAUCGCGUGGGAAUGCAGAGCUCCUUCUCACAAGCCUAUGAUCUUCAGAGACGAGAUCCAAUUCCAGAAGCACUCUUAUGAUGAACACGGUGUUCCCGAAGCGCACGUCCGGACAUUGAGUGAAGCAGCACGGAGACCCUUCCAGGACAAAAUACACGAGUGUCCCUUUGGUGAUGAUUUUGUCCCAUCUGAAGAGGCUGACCGUUAUGGGAUCUUCUCUUACGACAAUCUGCAUUCUCACGUGGCCGCACAUAUGAAGGAGCUUGCCCUGCUUGCGUUACAGAAGCUCCCUAAUGACGGCGAGACAGAAGCCAGCGACUUCGACAGUGACGUAUUAAUUGAAGACGACGGCAAUGCAAAGUUGCGUGGGUCUAUGUGUAGCAUCAUGGACGAUGAUGAAUUGAACUUCUCAGAUACUGCGGGAGACGAUCAGGCUGGCGAUCUCAAGGAAAGCAUUACUUAUUCGAUUAAAAUCCUUGAUAUUGAAGACAUCCACCGGCAGACGGACCUCGAUGCACUUCGCCAAGCGAUUCAAAGCGACAAUUCGGAACGAGUUCGGGCUUUGAUGCACCUCGUCACUAGAAGUGAUCGAUCUCGUGGCAAGAAGCCUCUUCAUUAUGCAGCUCUUUACCACAAAAAAGAUAUAAUGGGGCUUUUGCUAGAAUAUUUUGAUCGUGAGGCGGUUUGUGCCAAAGACGAAAACGGCCUGACACCACUGCACUAUGCGGCAAAAGUAGGCUUUGUGGAGGGUGUUGGCUUGCUGGUUCAAGCUGGCGCCCCAAUCGAUAUACGCGACGAUUAUGAAUUCACGCCACUACUAUGGGCUACCGUUAGCGGACACUUAGACGCAAUCUACAAACUGGAAUCACUUGGGGUUGAUCCGGCGGAUAAGUAUGACAAUUCCCGUGGCAUGUCUGCUGUGGAAUGGGCAAUCAGUCUUGGCCAGCACAACCUGGUUAUGCAUUUCAUCAAGUCAAGACCAUCACUACCGAAAGUUUACGGAGCUCUCCUGAUGAACCAGGCGGCUGCCCAGGGAAUGGCGGAUGUAGUCAGACUACUCAUUUCAGAAGAUGUCUCUCCGAACGUGCGAGAUCACGACGGGUGGUCCGCCUUACACUGGGCUGUUGAGGGGCCCGCAUCACAUACCACGGACCGAAUCAUCGAUGGCGAGGGGGACACAGUAGAUGAUAUCAUACACUUAAUCCUACGUUCUGCGGGUAAAGUGAACGCGCUCAGCUCAUAUGGAACUUCACCAUUGCACUGUGCUGCAGGCAGUGGUAUGAGUCGAAUUUGUCCGCUUCUCACAUCCGGGGCAAGCCUGGAUACUAUAACGUGUCAUGGCUGGACAAUAAUGCACCACGUUGCCUAUCUAGGGGAUCAUGAUACAGUGUUGGCGAUCAACGAACUUUACAAUGAAGGAAUGAAGCAAUUCUUUCUUUCGCAGGACAAUCACGGCUGGUCUACGCUGCAUCUUGCCGUUCUAGGGAGGCAUCUGGAUACGGUCAGGCAACUCCUCUACCACCCUCUUAGUGAUCAGCUCCUCGUCGAACGAGACGAGCUCGGACGCACAGCAGAAGACUGGCUCGACAUUGAGCUCGAGAGUCGUGCUUAUGCGAAACUCAGCAAUCUGGCGUACUCCAAGUCUCGGUGUUGCAGGCCAGUCACCGGACUACGAAAAGCGGCACGGGAGAAUAUUAUAGACCUGGUCGAACUCCUCUUGGACCAGGGUCACGAUAUUAAUGGCACAGAUCUUGGAAAGAGAACUGCACUGUAUUAUUCUGCGAGUAAAGGCCAUCUACGAAUCGUAGAAUUGCUGUUAAGAAAGGGUGCGGAUCCGAACAUCCUGCCAGUAGGGCGACAGAUGUGGGAACUAUUUGUCCAUGACCCUGAAAUAUUGAAACAACUUCGGCAGUACGGGUACAGAAAGCCAGUUCAAGACACCAAGAAAGACGACCAGAUCAGAUGGCUGUUACACAAUCCCGCUUCUGCGAAGUUACCUUUGCAGUUUGAUGAUUUGCCGCGGCCGAUAAGGCCUAAUUUACCGGCUCAGAACACGUCUACCUCGUCUGACACUCAUAACCAAGCUACGGCAGAGUCAGGAAACGAGCGACUUCGAUCUCGGAUGUCAAGCCUCUGGAAGCGACUCAGAGGCUAA